UUCAUCGAUUAUAAAUUUAAUCUCCCUUCUUGUUUCUUGUUUUAUCCUCUUUCUUUAUUUGGGUGUAAUUAUUUCUUUUUUAUUUGUUCUGGGUUCAAGCAUUCUGAGAAAAAGAUCAUAGCUUUGCUGUGCAUUUGAUUUGUAGAGCUUAUCUCAGGCUUUUCUUUGUUUGGGUACUUGCAUUUCGAGAAAAAGAUUGUAUCUUUGUUGUGUUUGUGAUUAAUAGAGCUGUGUCUCAGGCUUUUUUUUGUUUGGGAACUUGCAUUUAGAGAAAUUUAGAGAAAAAGAUUGUAUCUUUGCUGUGUUUGUGAUUCAGAGGGCUUUCUCAGGGCUAUCUCAGGCUCCCUAAUUGUACAAAUAAAUAAAUGGGUGAUCAUUUGGUUCUUGAUGUGGACCGGCUUGUGAAGCCUGAGAUAUAUUCUGGGUUAGAUGAAAGGCGAUCUCUGCCGCCUGAGAUCUUGGCGGUGGCUAAAUCAUCCAAUGCCUCAUCGUCUACGGUGGGGGCAUUGGAUGGGAGAAUGGACGGGGCUUAUGAUGAAGAAGCGCCCCUUAUAACCAUUGCUGAGUGCCGUAUUUGCCAGGAUGAGGAUGAUAUUAGCAAUUUAGAAUCACCUUGUGCUUGCAGCGGCAGUCUCAAGUAUGCUCACAGAAAGUGUGUUCAACACUGGUGCAAUGAAAAAGGAGACAUCAACUGUGAAAUCUGCCAUCAGUCUUACCAGCCCGACUACACUGCUCCCCCUCGACCACGGCUUGAGGAGGCGACUAUAGAUAUUGGGGGAGGAUGGCAUAUUUCUGGAACACCCUUGGACCUGCACGAUCCUCGCAUUUUGGCAAUCACAGAAGCAGAGCGUCAAAUUUUGGAGGCCGAGUAUGAUGAAUAUACUUCAACAAAUGCCAGUGGAGCUUCGUUUUUCCGCUCUGCUGCUCUAAUUUUGAUGGCUCUUUUGCUAUUAAGGCAUGCAGUGACUGUGACUGAUGCAGAUGAAGACGGCGAUCCCUCUAAUUUCUUCACUUUAUUCUUACUGCGAGCUACUGGAUUUCUGUUGCCAUGCUACAUCAUGGCCUGGGCCAUCAGUAUCUUGCAACGUCGAAGACAGAGACAGGAGGCUGCAGCACUGGCAGCAACACACUUUGCCUUUGUACUACAAUCAAGAACCCCCAGGGGUCUACAUAUUACGCUGGCUUCAGCACCCACUGUCACCACACAGCAGCAAGCACGACACACCUAAUGUGCAAUAAACUUGUGCAGUAGCUCUGCCCAGAUGGUUGCAGAGCCUUUUUCGUAGAAAUGCAACUGUUAUAUAUUAAAGGAUAUAUAUUUUUCCAGUUUCUGUCUAUACUCUCUAUAAAAUAUGAUGGCACCUGCGGAGCAUUCGUUGCAUGGUGGAAGAUGUUGAUUCAAGAUUUCUCUUUUUUCUCAAUUCCUUUAUGGUUUUUGUAAGUUUUCGAGAUCAAUCAUAUGUACCUGUAUUUUGUAUGUUUUCCAUUUGUUAUGCUUGCUUCAUAACUAAAAUUUCUCUUUCUUUCUUCA